GUUACUGUUGGUUGCCAAUAGCCACUGAAAGACAAGAAGAAGAACGCCCAUUUUUUUUUUGCUCACAGUAGGCAUCGAAGUGUGCUGAAAUAUCAACAGACAGAAGAGGACAAAGAGCUGCAAUGGACGGUGAUGUUGCGGUUGGUGUGAAGAGAGGCUCAGAUGAGCUCAGCAUGUACGGUAGCAGCCCCAACUCUAUGACUGCGAACGGCAGUGAUAGUAAGAAACAGCGUCUGGAUGAAUCCCCUCCCUCCAGAGUUCUCCACAUCAGGAAACUUCCCAAUGAAGUGUCAGAGACUGAAGUCAUUGCUCUGGGGCUGCCCUUUGGAAAGGUCACUAAUAUACUGAUGCUGAAGGGGAAAAACCAGGCAUUUCUGGAGUUGGGUACAGAGGAAGCAGCCAUUACUAUGGUGAACUACUACACAGCUGUCACACCACAGGUCAGAAACACUCCUGUCUUCAUCCAGUACUCCAACCAUAAGGAACUGAAAACAGACUCAGCUCUGAACCAGAGAGCCCAGGCAGUGUUGCAGGCAGUGUCAGCAGUUCAGGAUGGAAGCUCUCCGUCCUCUGACCCAGGAGUUUUGGACCUAGCUCCACCCCCCAGCCCUGUCCUGAGAAUUAUCAUUGACAACAUGUUUUAUCCUGUGACACUGGAUGUUCUACAACAGAUCUUCAGUAAGUUUGGGACUGUGAUGAAGAUUAUAACUUUCACCAAGAACAACCAGUUUCAGGCUCUUCUGCAGUUCAGCGACCCCGUCAAUGCACAGCAAGCUAAACUGUCUUUGGAUGGACAGAACAUCUAUAAUUCAUGCUGUACUCUGCGGAUAGACUUCAGUAAACUGGUCAACCUCAACGUCAAAUACAACAAUGAUAAGAGUCGAGAUUACACCAGACCUGACCUUCCUACUGGAGACGGAGAGUCAGCCAACAAGGAUCAUUCUUUGUUGGGUACCCCAUCUGGAGCGCUAGCAUCCUACUCUAGUGGAGGAGGUUAUUCAUCUUCUCUGUCCCUCUCGCAGGGUGGAGGAGCCAUUAGCCCUCUGAGUGCUGCAGCGGCGGCGGCGGCGGCUGCUGGUCGUGUUGCUCUGUCUGGGUCUGGAGUGUCAGGAGUCCUGUUGGCAUCCAACCUAAAUGAAGAGAUGGUCACGCCUCAAAGUCUCUUUACCCUCUUCGGAGUCUAUGGUGAUGUCCAGAGGGUGAAGAUCCUCUACAACAAAAAGGACAGCGCUCUGAUACAGUUGUCCGAUGGCAACCAAGCUCAGCUGGCUAUGAGCCACUUGAAUGGUCAAAAGGUGUUUGGUAAAGUGAUGAGAGUGACACUGUCAAAACAUCAAACUGUGGCAUUGCCCAGAGAAGGAUUGGAUGACCAACUACUAACUAAAGAUUUUUCUGGCUCGCCACUCCAUCGCUUUAAGAAGCCAGGAUCCAAAAACUUCCAGAACAUCUUUCCUCCCUCUGCAACACUUCACCUUUCCAAUAUCCGGGAUGGAGUUGGAGAGGAUGAUCUACGUCUUCUGUUCUCUAACAGUGGAGGAGCCGUCAAAGCCUUCAAAUUCUUCCAGGACCGUAAGAUGUCCUUGAUCCAGAUGUCGUCAGUAGAGGAAGCGAUCCAGGCUCUGAUGGAUCUUCACAACUAUGACAUGGGAGGGAAUCACCAUCUGAAAGUUUCCUUUUCAAAGUCCACCAUCUAAACCUCACACCUGACUCCUGAACCUUAAGAUCUAUGACGAGCGAGGAAGUCACUACCAUUUGUCUCCUUUUCAACAUUUUCUGUUAACCUCUUCUGCGCCACCCCAAACCCUUAUUUAAGUGGUACAGUAUUUUAUCACUGAAAUUUGCUUCAACAUCCAAAGCUUAAAAUGCAAUGUAAAACAUUAGAAAUAGUUUUCAGUUAAAAUAUUGAGAAAAUCCAAAUUCCACGAAGUAAAUUUUCUUGACCAGUAGAAGCAUUCGUCAGUCCUAGCCUAAAGGUGGUUUGCAAAUUCCUGCUUUGACCCAUAUGACAUCUGGAAGAGCAACUAAACACACGCUGAAAACUGUGUUUUUGUUUACCUCCAGUGGUUUAACUGCUCACUUUGCUGCAGUAAUGUUGAAGUUUACUCCAGGGUGAGUCGGUACACCGUGACAUCACUGUUGGGUGUGGUUACGGGUGCAACAGAGCACUCUUCUGACCGCACCCAACCACACCCAUCAGUGAUUCUGGUCAGAGGUGAAACAGCUUUUCAGCCUGGUGUUACUCUUUAAAGCAGUAGAGAGUUUUUGUUUUUAACUCUUUAUCAUUGCUGCGUUUUGUAUUGACCUACCCAGCGAUCACCUGUCAGUGUGACAGUAGUCUCUUUUUCCUUGGGUCUUGUGUCGCUACUUGAACCACCUACCCAUUCUUUUCGGUUCCCAAGCAAAUUCCCAUUUUAACCCCAAACCUACCAGCCAUUGUCCAGCCAACCACUCACCAUUCUUUGUGGUAGUAACUCCAACACUAACAUCUCUGUCAUGACAGAUGUUUUCACCACGUCAUCAAUCAUGUGACUCCUCUUUCCUUUCCUGGUAGGCAGCCAUCAGCCGCUGUCACUGGCAGAUGUCUUUUGAACAGUGCAGUUUCUGACACGUUCUCAGCGUGCUGGUUCACUCCUCCAGAUCUCAUCAUGUUCAUUUGUGCACUUUGGUGCAUUAAAAAAAACAACUGAUAUCUUGGAAUUGUUUUCCAAGCUACAAGCAUAAAGGAGUAGAUGGGGUUGUCACUAAAGGUUAAAGUGUGAUUCAUGCUGUUCUCUCCUCAUCUGCCAUGUAAAUAUGACCAGUUUAACAUUACCAGCACCCAAUGUUACUUUGUAGGCAUUUUAGCAACCUAAACUCAAACAGCUUGCAGCUUUAACAAAUUUGCUGCACUACACAUAAUCACUUUCAAUGUAGUUUAAAUACCAGAAGUAACAACAUUCUGAGGACUUCAGUUCCUCAAAGGAAAGAGAAUAAACUACUUGUGCAGUGUGGUGCAAUUUCUAAAGUUCAACAGGCAGCUUUUCUUAACCGGCAUACUUUCUUGCUGUUAUUCCUAUAGCUGAACAAUCACUUUGAAGCUGUUUGUACAUGAUUUGAUUAAAAGCAGCAAGUUCAUCAUACCCCUUCUAUGGGAAUGUUUAAAGGCAUUCUGGGAAAUGGGAAUUUGAGGCUAAUGAUGCUUGUUGAGGACAAUUGAAUACCCCCAAUAUUUCCUUUACAAAAUAACUUGGAAUGUAUGCACAUUAACACAUUGCUGACAUGUAAAGAUAUGGAGGAUCCAAAGGUGGAGCUUUCCUCAAAGAAUAGAGACACCUGUAAUGUUCCUGUUUAAAUCCCAUCCCAGUCUUUUAUAAGCCAUUGCUGUGAGUGGGUGCACACACACAUACACAGGAUGCAUGCUAAUGCGGUCUGUUUAGACAAGGUUUCAACAUGUGAUUCUGGUCUUGGUCUCUGAUUUUAGGAGGAGGCCUGUUGGGACCAAAGUACAUGUGCCUUUAGUCUGUGGUCUGAUUUGAUCUUUUGUCUCUUUAAACAGAUUAUUUUACUGGUAAUGUUUGUUGAUCUUGUGUUAUAAACCUGUAGAAACAAGAUUAUUUUGGUAAUUAUUUUUAAAUAGAAGUGAACCUCGUCUUCCCAGUCCUCUGUCUAACAACAUGAGCUUAUUUAUUAAGCACAGAUGCACAGAACACUGGGUCAUCCUCCAAGUGGGUUUUUAUUUUUCACUUAUCUCUGGUUUUCUAAAAGUUUUUCUUUUAGGAGAUUGUUGUAAAUUUUCUACUUGAGUUCAUUUUCUUUUGUGGUAAGAUUCCAGAGUAGCCCAAAUUAAACGUGUUUUCUACCAACAAGCCCAAGUUAAAUUGUGUGUGUGUGUGUGUGUGUGUGUUUGUGUGUUCAGACUAGGUUCAGGCCUCUGCUCUCAUCUGUAUCUUACCUGUCAAUAAACUUCUCUCACUCUGUUCA